AUGUCGGAAAAUCCGAUUCAGCUCCUCUUCCAAGCGAUUGGUAAGGUCUCGGAGUGUGUGCAGGGCCAUCUCUCUCAGUUUUUACUUCGUCCCGGCGGCCCUUCACUGUCACUCGUCAAAAACCAGAGCUCCAAUUCUAAUCUCCGACCGGCCGAAACCCGUGCAAAGGUUGAGUCGUCCAGUCCAACCACAAAAGAAGAACUUGGAAGAGCCACCUGGACUUUUCUUCACACUCUAGCUGCCCAGUAUCCAGAUAAGCCGACUAGGCAACAGAAGAAGGACGUAAAAGAACUGAUAACAAUAUUGUCUCGUAUGUAUCCUUGCAAGGAAUGUGCAGAUCACUUUAAAGAAGUUAUUAGAGCAAACCCUGUUGAGGUUGGAUCUCAUCAAGAAUUUUCCCGAUGGUUAUGUCAUGUACACAAUGUGGUUAAUCGAAGCCUAGGCAAGGUCGUGUUUCCCUGUGAGCGAGUCGAUGCACGUUGGGGAAAAUUAGAAUGUGAGCAAAGAGCUUGUGAUUUAACAGGGAGUUUGAUGGAUUUUGACGACAGUCUAAAAUGA